CAAAAGAAAACACACAAUUCUCACUCAAUCAGAGAUGGCUUUAGGAGGACAGCACGUGUUGGGAUUUUCACCCGAUGGAAAACUAUUUGCCCUCAUCAAUGACCAAGGUGUCCUCAGGAUAUGGGAUACCGAUACUAAUGAAUUAAAGCAAGAAUAUACACCUAAUUUACAUUUGUCUGGACCAUGUUCCGCUCUGGUUUGGAUAUCUGUUGCCUCCGCUGCACAACAGAAAAAGGCUAGAAGAUCUUCAUAUGUCAAGGAAUCUUUAUAUAUAGCAUUGGGCACCAGUAAAGGCCAAGUUUCUUUGUAUUCCUAUGACGAAGCCAAGAUCGAACGCAAUCUUAAGGGUGAAGGCCACACGGGUAAAAUCACUUCAAUUGUGAGCGAUAAACAAGGUAGACUUUUCACCUGCGGCGAAGAUUGUCAAGUGGUAAUAUGGUCAGUAGCUGAGGAAAAACAAUUGACUUCUUGGUCGGUGGGUCCCGAAAAACCCUAUAGCAUAACAUAUAUGGCAGUGUCUAAUAAUUUGGUAGUGGGAUCACGAACGGUCAAAGUGUAUUCGGUCGAGUCGCAAGAAUUAGUGCAAACCUUUACGGGUCAUACGUCAGAAAUCAAUUUUAUGGAAUCUUUUGUAUUUGGCGAUAAAACAGAAUAUGCCUUGACUACCUCGCGCAUGGAACGUAUUAUUUGUAUGUGGAAAAUUGGCAAAAAAGGACGUAAUAAGGCGGCCUCUUGCACUUUGCUUAUGGAGGAUAUAGCUCAUUGUUUGUCAUGCCAGCUGGAUGAAGAGGGCAAACUUAAAGUGUCCAGUGUUACACGCAGCGGUGUAGUGCACGUCUAUGUUAUUGAUUUGGAGAGCAUUAAAGCCGAUAAACCCAUUAAACCUAAACUCACCAUUAGCAUAGCAUCCGACAGUGCCACCGUUAUUGAACCCAUAUCAGCCAUAGCAUCGUCCCUACAGCAUGCUACAAAACCGGGAUACUUGCUUUUUGCCUAUGGCGACAAACAUUUCAUUGUAUUCGAACAAUUAAAACCAAAUUUCAGUGAAAAAAUGCAAGUGUUGGUGCGUAAAGAUCCUAAAAAAUUGUUAAAACAAAAAAUGGGCAAAGGUGAUAAAACUUCAACAGAUGCUGCUUUGAAAAUCUUAUCGCCCAUUAUCAAUAGCAAGGAUGUGGAUUACAAGUCGGCGGUAACAGUGUCUAAGAAAAAACUCAAAUCUUUGGAUAUGCCCAUGGAAUCAAGGCUGCAGAAUUUGAAUUUAAAUGCAGCAGCGAGUAAGGUAGUGCCACAAUCACAAAGUAAAGUACAAUUGCUGGUACAAUCGCUGCACAGUAAAGAUGCAGAACUAUUACGUUCGGUUUUAUGUACAAAAGAUAUGCAAACUAUUACCCUUACUUUGGAAAAACUGCCCGUGCAAUAUGUGGGUACAUUGGUCAAUGAAUUGACAUUGCUAAUGCAACAGAGACAUACCAACGUUGAAUAUGCCAUGCUUUGGUUAAAGGUUUUGGCCCAAACUCAUUCCAGUCAAUUGAUGGCUUUGGGUGCUGAUGAUUUACUUGAUAAAUUUGGUCCCUGCAUUGGUGUAAUUGAACAUAGAGCUAGUUGCCUUAAGGAAUUAUCAAAACUUAAUGGUCGCCUUCUAUUGUUGGUCAGUCAAAUAAAACGUAAUACCCAAGAAGAGGACAAUCUAAAAAAUGAUAAUGUUCUAGUAUUCGAAGACAACGAUGAUUCCUCCAAUUCCGACAUAGAUGAUGCCAUCAACAAAUCAUCUUCGGAUGAUGAAUGGGAAGAGGGAGAAGAGGAUGGCGAUGAGGAAGACCAAGCAAAUGGUGAUGAAAAUAUGGAAGAUGAUGAAAAUGAUGAUGAGGAAGAUAUGGAUAUGUAAAUUUUUAUCUCUCUCUUUUUUAAAACCAAUAAUAUUUUUUAAACGUUUUACGUUGUCUAUCUACGUUGUUAGUUAAGUUUUCAAAUAAAUACAUUUAUUGUAAGUAGUAUCCGAGGAGGUUUUAUACAGUUUUACAAAAACCUCUGUACUUUUAUAUACAUAAUAAUAGAAAAGAAAGUUUUAAUAAAAAAUCUAAAAUAUUUUUUUUUGUAACAUCUAACAA